CUGAUCACGUGGAGUACAGAGAUCGACUCGAACCCUUUGCGAACCGACUGAUCGGACGACGUGGUUCAGCUUCUCAGCCACAGUUACGCUUGCUUGUUGCAGCCAUGUCUUCGUUCCUCCACGGCUACUCAUCCGACGAAGACAAUGGCCAUGCUUCGAGAGAUGCAUUCGGGCUGUUGUCUCUGCCAACGCAGAAGAAACCCAGACUGGAGGAGCCCGAUGCAAGCAGCUACAGCACUGCAGCAUCCAUUGUACCGCAGGCUGCCCCCGAUGUCCUAGCAGAGGACCCGUUGAAACAGACGUCGCUGAUUACACGACCAACCGACACGCAAAUGAACGUGAACAUCCCCUACAAUGACAUGACGCUCGCCAUCCAAGGCCCCGAGAACCCGUUCGGUGACCGCAACCGCUUCCUGACCCAAAAUGCGCUCGCAGGACAUGUAGAAGAGCAAGCCAUGACUGACCAUGCCUUCCGGCAACAACACCUCACCCACGCUAUCCUCGGCUACUCCGCUAAUCCUUCCAUAGACCCGAAUGCGCCGGCGAUCCUUGGUUCGAUAGAGAAGGCGCAGACCAAUAACUUCGCGACCCUAGGCUCACUAAAAGCGCCCAAAAAGGACAAGAAGGAGCUGAAACGGAAGCGGAAAGCGAAAGGCGACUUGGAGGUCGUCGAAGGGGAUGGUGCGUACGAGGGGCCAUGGGCGCGUUGGGAGGGCGACGAGCCGCAAGGCCUGCUUCCCGGCGACGAGGUUGCGGAGGAGGGAGAGGAGGAAGUGGAGGAGGAGGAAUCAGAAGAGGAAGUGGUGCAGCCGAAGAAAGCGAAGCCAAAACGCGGCGCGCCAGGCCUGGAGUCGUCUGUCUUCCACGGCAAGUCGAUGUACGACUAUCAGGGACGGACGUACAUGCACCCACCCGUCGCGGAGGCUCCACAACUGCAGUCCGACGCGGGGGCACAGGAGACAUUCAUUCCGAAGGUGUGCGUUCAUACGUGGACCGGUCAUACGCAGGGCGUGUCGGUCGUACGGCUGUUCCCCGAAACGGGGCACUUGCUCCUCAGCGGGUCUAUGGACACCAAAAUCAAGUUGUGGGACGUGUACACCCACGGGAACUGCCUCCGCACCUUCCAUGGUCACAUGAAGGCCGUGAAGGACGUUACUUUCUCGAACGAUGGCCGGAAAUUCCUGUCCUGUGGAUACGAUAGGCAGAUGAAGCUCUGGGAUACGGAGACAGGACAGUGCCUGAAGCGCUUCAGCAAUGGCAAGAUUCCGUACGUCAUCCGAUUUCAUCCGGACGAAGACAAGCAACAUACAUUCCUGGCGGGUAUGUCAGACAAGAAGAUUAUUCAGUAUGACAUGAACUCCGGCGAAAUUACGCAGGAAUACGACCAACAUCUCGGGCCUGUCAACACGAUUACCUUCGUCGAUGAGAACCGGCGUUUCGUCACUACCUCCGACGACAAGACGAUCCGGGCAUGGGAUUUCGAUAUCCCCGUGGUCAUCAAGUACAUUGCUGAGCCGCACAUGCACUCCAUGCCUGCGGUCACGCUGCACCCCAGCAAGAAGUACUUUGCGGCGCAAUCGCUAGACAACCAGAUUCUGGUGUACAGCACCGAUAAUUUCAGGCAGGCGAGGAACAAGCGGUUCGCCGGGCACUCCGUCGCUGGGUACGCCUGCCAAGUUGGAUUCUCGCCCGAUGGCAAGUGGAUAAGCAGCGGCGACGGCGAGGGGAACGUCGUAUUCUGGGAAUGGAAGACCGGCCGUAUCAAGUCCCGGCUGAAGGCGCACUCCAAGGUAGUCAUCGCGCACGAGUGGCUGCCACACGAGAGCUCGAAGGUCGUGACCGCAUCUUGGGAUGGCCUGAUCAAGUUAUGGGACUGAGCUAGUCUCGGGACGGCAGAAACCUAUCAUAUUGCGAGGCGAGGUCUCGUUAGCAACCACUCGUGCGUUGCCAAGCCGUGCAUAUCUCCAGGCACUGCUCGCAAGAUGUAUCUUCGUUGUAUCAUACUGCCACGCCAGGGCCGAGCCCCUGUGGGCCUGAAACGUUGCCUCUGCACAAUUGCGCGACACCUCCAAGUGGACCAUCUGUUCUCAGAAGGAUAUUGCCUUUCAUUUGACGAUACCCUUCGUGAUCCCCUAACCUGCGUCGGGCUAAAGAUGUGAUGCAGCGCAUCUGUACCUUGCUUGUGCUAAAUG